ACGCGGGCGAGAGACGCUGAAAUUUGUGAAUAUCCGUGGCCAUGGGAGGGUGCCGAUGUACGUUUCGCGAUUGCGAUAAUGCAACCGCCUCCAGGCCGGAGCUUCAUUUCUUCCGGUAUCCAGUGAAUGAUCCCGGACGGUUGAGCGUGUGGUUGAUGAACGCGAAGCGGCCAGAAUUUGCCAGCCUACCACGGGACAAGCUAACGAAUAAGGUCGUGUGCCAGGAGCAUUUCGAGCGAAACAUGUUCAUGAACUACUUGCGGGAGCGACUGACGAAAACGGCCAUACCGCGGUUGAUGCCACUGCCGGGAAGAAACGAACGGUUGAAUGUCGAAACGAACAAAAUCAUCGGUCCCGACGUGGAAGAGGAACAAAUUCGCAAACCACCAAUCCUCACCACGUACGUCAACAAGCAACGAGAGCAGCGAUCCUCGCUCGAAGUAAUGGUUAGUACGGAGAAGGAACAGCUGGACGCUGCGCAAACACCACCACUAAAGAAGGUGAAAAUCCUCAAUCCCGAAGUGUUGGAGCUGAAACGUUGCAAACUGCCUGGCACAAUCGUGCGCAAUCGAGAUGGACCACCACCUCUUCGUGAAGCCGUCGUCCUGAAUAAGUUGGCCUCCAAGCGAACGCUGGACAACGUUGCCAGCGAGCAGCACAUGAUCAACGUACCGAACUCGGCAAAUGUUACAUGCAGUAUUGUAAAAGAAGAAAUUAUGUUCCGAGACGAACACGGCUUCAGCCCUGUGGCGACAGUGCAGGUGGACGAUGGCGAAGACGACGAUACUGGCCAAAUGGUUGGUACAUCGGAAGAAGCUGCAACGCUAGCGAGUACCCCGCCGCCAGCGCCCGUGCCUGCGGAUCCCGCGCUUGCGAAUGCGCUCGAGCAGAACACACAAGAGUUGGCCAACCUAAGGCAGAUUAUCGAGAUGCUUGCCAAUCGACCGGUGCCGGAACCCACUACCAUUAUCACCCCACAAACUCCUGCACCGCCGAUGAAAAUGGAAAAAGGGCCACAGCUCACGAAAGCGCAGCUGUUCAAUGGCAUCAAACGGUACCUGAACCCUACGAUGGUGACGCUACUGCGGAUGGAACUGUUUGCUGGAUCGGCCGAUCGACAGUGGAAAUCGGAUGAGAAGACGUUAGCCGUCGAUCUGCUGAAUAUCGGAGCGAACGUGUACAAUCACUUUGCCCAAGAGUUCCGCUUCCGAUUGCCACCGGUUAGCGAGGUUGAGCAGUGGAAGGAAACGGGCGAGAUCGAUGCAGACGAUGCGUGUUAGCCGGAUUGCGCCAACGGUGGCCA